AGUAGAGGAUUCAGGAACUACAUACUUGCCGUGUGUUUCCAACAGGUUGAUCGUCAGCUUGUUUAUACGUUUCUGAACAACGUUGUAUGUGCAACUGAGGGAUUUAGAUCGCAAUGCAUUUAGCUUUAUUUGUCGAUAGAAUGCAGUUUAUUUAGAAUCCAUCGUUUAGUUUUGAAAGAUGUCAUCGGUUCUUCCAAAAGGUGAAUUAAUGGCGUUUAGUCCUACAAACUGCCUGCCUGAAGAUUCUCAAUUCAGUGGCAGUGGCAUGGACACAAAUAAGGAAAACAAAGACUCGAUUCCUGUCUUGAGCUUAGUUAGGUUUUCGACAGCUCCGUUUGUGUCAUUUGGCACUGUUAAAUUGGGCUCAUCUAAAUCAUCCCUUUUACGAAUUGACAAUCCAACCGAUGAGGCUCCCAUCGACGUGAACGUCGACAGAAUUGCCUCUUCAAAAGGAUUCUCAGUUGACCAAACCAAGUUCACAAUUGAGCCCGGUGGUAGUACCAUCUUGACCAUAACUUGGACUCCCGCGGAGGAGGGGGGCGUCAGAGAACUUAUUACAUUUAUAGCAAAUGGAAUUGUUAAGCAUCAAGCAGUUUUGCUGGGCAGAGUGGAGGCACCAAAAAAGAAAAAGAAAAGUCUGUGGGACUCCAUCAAAAACAAGAAGACAGAUUCUUCGGUCUCAUAUCGGACCAAGAAACCACAUAAAGCAGCAAACAAAACUUUUCAUGUUCCUAGACAACCUCAGUACAAAAGGGAGAAGCAGAGGAACCCCUUGUCUCCGUGUAACAUCGAGAGGCUUUCUCUUAGACCAAAACCUGGCUAUGAAAAUUUGCCUCAGGAAAAGCCCUGCACACCCCAGUCCUCGAAGAUGUCCCUUCAGGACAACAUCGAAAACAUCUAUCAAAGCAUCUCCCCCAAUCUGGUGUUGAUUCCUGCUAACAAACUUUUAGCUGUGCCUCCCACAACAGACACCCCUCAGACUCCCACAGGUUUAUCCCACCGCAGAGUUUUAAACAAGACACUCUCUCCUAUUGCAACCACAUUUAGGUGUAAAAACCAGGCUUUUCAAAGCCCUCUACCUGUGAUUAAAACACACUCAGUAGUUGCUGUCUCAGAUCAGGUACCAUUGUCUGGAUCACCUUUGAUGUCACUGAAAGAAGCUUUGGUCAUCAUUGACUCUGAUCUCAGUCAGCCUGUUAGCCCUCCAAACGCUUGUUCAAGCUUUGACUUCUCUGAUUCCCUGGAGUCUGAAAAGGGAGGCCUGAGCAAUAACUUGGGAGAGCGUGAGGCAAGUGAGGACGUUCCCUCUCUGCUGAACCCUGCCGAGCCCCGGCUCACCUUCUUUGUGAAGCCCAAACUAGCCUCGGAACGUGGACAGGGAGACGAGGUCAGCUGUGAAGGUUCUGUUCCUGCGAGGCCUCCGGUCUGCUCGGUCACGAUUACCAAAAGCAGAGCGGCACCCCGACCAGCGAGCAGUCGCCAUGAGCGCAGAAUCAAAACAUCACGGCGCAAACUCCUGGAGGAGGAGCUGCCCAGCUUCGAUCAGGUGGAGUCGGUCCACCAGCCUAUGAGAAAUACAGGUGGUCUGCCUGUGAUUGAUUUAGACGCCAGGCAGGGCACACCUGACAGCCCCACGUACUCGGUGUCCUCUUCUGGAGCCUCUGGUUCAUCUUCAGAUUGUGCCUCAACCCUUUCCCACUGUUCACCUCUGGUCACCACACCAACGCUAAUGCCACCCUCCAGCAGUUCAACCAGCCAAUCAGCAGGUUGGUCACACGAGACUGUCCAGUGUGAUGUUUCAUCUCCAGAUGUGCAAGAGCAAGAAAAGUUUGUUGUGUACAAGCCUUUGCCACCACAUCUGGGGAAAAAGAGAAAGAGCGAUGAGUUCCUGAGGGAGAACGCCGUGGAUGCAAAGUUUGAGGUAAAGAGAAGCAAACCACAGAGCGGCCAGACAGUGACUGACAGCAGAGUUCCGAAGAAAGGUCCUGUGGCCCUAUCCACAGUGCAGCAGAAGCAGCCUAAAGCAGCUGUGCCAAGCUCAAGGUCGUGCACGAUCAGAAGGACCCCAAGGCCUCUGUCCAAGCCACCGCCCCCGAAGACAAACCAGCGAGCUCCAUCGGUUAAGUCUUUGUCCAGUUCCAUGAAGAAGUCAAAAGUCAUCGCUGUGGCACAGUCACAGCUGACCUUCAUAAAGCCAGCCCAAACAGUCAUACCACGGCACCCUAUGCCAUUUGCUGCCAAAAACAUGUUCUAUGAUGAAAGGUGGCUUGAGAAGCAGGAACAAGGUUUCACCUGGUGGAUAAACUAUGUCCUCACGCCAGAUGACUUCAGGGUCACCACAGAGGUUACCAAAGUGAACGCUCUGUCACUGACAACGGGAGACCACAAGUUUGCUGUCGCCAAAGCACCAACCAAAGAGGAGAUGUCGCUGCGAACCUACACGGCCCGCCGACGUUUGAACCGCCUGCGUCGCUCUGCAUGCCAGCUGUUCACCUCGGACACCAUGGUGAAGGCCAUCCAGAGGCUGGAGAUAGAGGUGGAGGCCAAAAGACUGCUCAUCCGCAAAGACCGACACCUGUGGAAGGACCUUGGAGAGCGACAAAAAGUUCUUAACUGGCUUUUGUCCUAUAAUCCUCUCUGGCUGCGUAUUGGAAUGGAGACAAUUUAUGGCGAGCUGAUUUCAUUGGAGGGGAACAAUGAUGUCAUGGGGUUGGCUAUGUUCAUUCUUGGACGCUUGCUGUGGAAUCCUGACAUAGCUGCAGAAUACAGACAUGCUAAAGUCCCUAACUUGUACAGAGACGGCCACGAGGAGGCCUUGUCACGCUUCACUCUAAAGAAGCUCCUCUUGCUGGUCUGUUUCCUGGACAAAGCCAAAGAGUCGCGGCUAAUCGAACACGACCCCUGUCUGUUUUGCAUGGAUGCUGAAUUCAAGACCAGUAAGGAUCUUUUGCUGGCCUUCUCACGAGAUUUCCUCAGCGGUGAAGGGAUUCUGUCUCGACACCUCGGGCACUUGGGGUUAGCCGUGUCCCACGUCCAAACCCCUCUGGAUGAGUUUAACUUUGCUGUGAGCAAUUUGGCCACAGACCUUCGAUGUGGAAUUCGUUUGGUGCGUGUCAUGGAACUCUUUACUCAGGACUGGAGUUUGUCCAAGAAGCUUAGGAUGCCUGUUAUCAGCCGCCUCCAGAAAGUCCACAAUGUAGAGCUGGCCUUUCAGGUGCUGAAAGUGAAAGGGGUGGACUUGAAAGAAGAACAUGGUACAGCCAUCGAUUCAAGAGACAUUGUGGAUGGACACAGAGAGAAAACUCUCAAUCUUCUGUGGAAAAUCAUCUUUGCUUUCCAGGUGGAGGUAUUGCUGGACGAAGAGCAGCUGAAAGAGGAAAUCAGUUUCCUCAGGAGAACGUGGCAAAUGAAGCAGAAGCUGAAUUCCCUUCGGACAGAUAAAAGCAUCCCGCUCAAGGUGAUGAAAUCCCAGCCUGAGAUCAAACACAGCAGCAUGAAGAUCACACUGCUCAUGGCCUGGGUGAAUGCUGUCAGUGAGUUCUACAAUUUAAAGGCUGAGAACUUCACAGUGUCCUUCUCGGAUGGUCGAAUUCUCUGCCAUCUGGUCCACCACUACCACCCCAGCCAGCUGCCCUUGGAGAAAGUCCGGCAGGAGACCACUCAGACGAUAGAGUGUGGCCACCGCGGCCGAGUGGAGCUCGACAGCUCCUGCAGCGACUCAGACACAUCAAUCAAUGAGGGCCCUGUGACACAGAAUGGCCCAGGAUCCUCUUCUGUGGACUUCAAAGAGCUGCUGGAGAACGAGAGGAGUAAUUUCCUGUUGGUGAACUCUGCUGUGUCUUACCUGGGUGGAGUCCCAGCCAUGAUCAACCCCUCUGACAUGUCAAACACCAUUCCAAAUGAGAAGGUCGUCAUAUGCUUCCUGUCGUUCCUUUGCACUCGUCUCUUGGACCUAAGAAAUGAGACCAGAGCUGCUAGGGUCAUUCAAGGAGCAUGGAGGAAGUACAGACUAAAGAAAGACCUUGAGCUUUACCAGCUGAGGAACGUGGCUGCCUCAAAGAUCCAGGCUGUGGUGAAGAGAUUCCUGUUAAGGCGACGAGCAGAGAAGGGUGCUGUGGCAGCCAUAGCCAUCCAGACUGCUUGGAGGAGUUAUGCUGCACGGCAGUUGUUAAAACGCAUGAAGUUGGCUCAUCAUCUUUCCUGCCGUAACCAUGCAGCAAUCAUUAUACAAAAAGUCUAUAGAGGAUGGUGGACCCGAGAAUUCCUGAGGAGGAAUCAAGCUGCCACUGUGAUCCAAGCCUGCUACCGCAUACAUGCAUGUAGAAAACAAUACCACAAGCUCAAAUGUGCAGCAGUGAGCAUUCAAGCAUGGUUCAGAGGUUGCUCCCAGAGGCGUCGAUUCCUGUCCUUGAAACUACAGCAGUCCUCUGCCAUUACUAUUCAGAGUGCCUAUAGGGGCUACCUCGUCCGGAGACAGGUUGCCCAGAUGAGGGGAGCGGCACUCUUGGUCCAAAGAUGGUUCCGGGCCUGCCGUCAGCGGGACCUAGAUAGGCUGCAUUACCUGAAGAUGAGGCAGGCAACUGUGACCUUGCAGGCGGCAUAUAGAGGUUUACAGACUCGCAAAGAGCUGGAGAGAAGACACCGGGCAGCACUGACUAUCCAGACUGCUUUCCGGAUGACUGUAGCCCAGAGGGCUUUCCGGGCCUUGAAGAGAGCCGUUGUGAUUGUGCAGCGCAGGUACAGAGCCAAAGUUCUGGGCGAGCGAGUAAGGAGCAACCACUUGGAGCUCAGGCAUGCUGCUGUUACACUUCAGGCCAUCUGGCGAGGAAGAGCACAUAGGAAGAAGAUGGAGAAGCUCCACAGAUGUGCAACACUGAUUCAAGCGCAGUACCGUUGCCAUGCGGCUCAAUCUCGGUUUAGGGCCCAACGAACAGCUGCUCUUGUCAUCCAGCGCCAGUACAGAGCAUUCCACUCUGCCAUGCAGGCUAGGACUGAAUAUCUCGGGCUGAGACGAGCUGCAGUUGUGUUGCAGGCUGUGUAUCGCGGUAUGCAUGUCAGGCAAGCAUUGAGGAGAAAGAACCAUGCUGCCACAGUGAUCCAAGCUUACGUGCGAGCUUUUGCCUGCCGUCAGCAAUAUCUGGCAUUGAGAGUGGCGGCCAGUGUAAUCCAGCAACAUUAUCGUGCGCGAUUACUUGGUCGAGCUGAACGGGUGCGUUACCAGCAGGUCCAGAGAGCUGCGGUGAAGCUCCAAGCCACCUUCCGCGGAUUCAUGGUUAGACGCCAUUUACAGAGGAAACACCAGGCAGCCACAAUCAUUCAGGCCAGUUUUAGAGCGCAUAAGGUGCGAGUGUCUUACCUCGCAGCAAAAUGUGCGGCCACCAUCAUCCAGCGGCGUUACCGGGCAGUUGUUGCUGGACGGCAAGCACUGGGAGACUUUUUGGUUGUCAGAGCUGCAGUCCUGACAGUGCAGUCGGCUUUCAGGGGCAUGCAGGCUCGUAGGCGAGUGAGGAAAAUGCACACUGCUGCUGUAGUCAUUCAAAGGACAUACAAAACAUACAAACAACGCAAGGAGUACCUUGUCCUCAGAGUGAUCACAAUAAAAAUGCAGAGGCGGUUCAGAGCCACACUGAUGGCAAUACAAGAGCAGAGGCAGUUUCACUUGCUGCGAGAUGCAGCCAUCACCAUCCAGUCCAUGUACAGAGGUAUGAAAGUGAGAAAAGAGAUUCAAAAGCAACAAAAGGCUGCCACAGUGAUCCAAACUUACGUACGAGCUUUUGCCUGCCGUCGGCAAUAUCUGGCAUUGAGAGUGGCGACCUGUGUAAUCCAGCAACAUUAUCGUGCGCGAUUACUUGGUCGAGCUGAACAAGUGCGUUACCAGCAGGUCCAGAGAGCUGCGGUGAAGCUCCAAGCCACCUUCCGUGGACUCAUGGUUAGACGCCAUUUACAGAGGAAACACCAGGCAGCCACAAUCAUUCAGGCCCGUUUCAGAGCGCAUAAGGUGCGAGUGUCUUACCUCGCAGCAAAAUGUGCGGCCACCAUUAUCCAGCGGCGUUACCGGGCAGUUGUUGCUGGACGGCAAGCACUGGGAGACUUUUUGGUUGUCAGAGCUGCAGUCCUGACAGUGCAGUCGGCUUUCAGGGGCAUGCAGGCUCGUAGGCGAGUGAGGAAAAUGCACACUGCUGCUGUAGUCAUUCAAAGGACAUACAAAACAUACAAACAACGCAAGGAGUACCUUGCCCUCAGAGUGAUCACAAUAAAAAUUCAGAGGCGGUUCAGAGCCACACUGAUGGCAAUACAAGAACAGAGGCAGUUUCACUUGCUGCGAGAUGCAGCCAUCACAAUCCAGUCCAUGUACAGAGGUAUGAACGUGAGAAAAGAGAUUCAAAAGCAACAAAAGGCUGCCACAGUGAUCCAGGCAUACUACAGGAUGUACAGAACAAGAGUGCGAUUCCAAGCAAUGAGACUCGCUUCAGAAGUCAUACAAAGGCAAUAUAGGCACCAUCUGAAAGGAAAACGAGUCAGAGAGGAGUAUCUGAAGCUUCGUCAGACUGCUACCACAGUCCAGGCAAUUUUCAGGGGUAGUCGGGCUAGGCGUGAGGUUCAAACAAUGCAUUCUGCAGCUUGCAUCAUCCAGGCCCAGUUGAGGAUGCGUUGUUGCCGAACACGCUAUCAGAAGUUGUUGUGGGCCACCAGGGUUUUACAAGAGAAAUUCAAGGCCAACAGAGAGCGGGACUCUUGUACCGAGCAGUACAAUGCGAAGAAAAAGGCUGCUUUGAAAAUCCAGUCUGCCUUCCGUGGAUACCAAGCCAGACAGGAGAUUAGGACAAGGCACAAAAUGGCUACCCUUAUUCAGACAAAGUACUUAACUUUCAAGGAGAGGAAAAACUUCCUAGCACUCAAGGCAGCUGCAGUGUUUUGUCAAAGGCAAUAUCGGGCCCAGCAGAUGGCAAUGCAGUGUCGACAAGAGUACCUGGAAAAGAGAAAAGCCUGUGUCACUAUUCAGGCAUGUUACAGAGGCAUGAAGGUUCGACAGUGCUUGCAGCAGAAAAAUAAGGCAGUGGUGGUCAUUCAGGCCUACGUCAGAAAACAGAUCUGCAGAUCAUACUACUUGCGUCUGUUGAGGGCAGUGCAGGUUAUACAACACCGCUACAGGGCCAAACUAGAAAUGAAGAAACAUUUGGAAGACUAUCAAAGGAAGAAGCGGGCAGUCGUGAUGCUUCAGGCCGCAUUCCGUGGUAUGAAAGGCAGGCAGCGUUUGUGCCAAAUGCACCAGGCUGCAAUUGUUCUGCAGAGCCAUUUGCGUGCCUGCCAUCAGCGCAGACGCUACUUGGCCCUACAUGUUUCCACCCUCAUUAUCCAGCAGUGGUAUCGUGCCAUGAAGGCAGGCAGGGAGGAAAGGCAGCGCUACCUUAGCCUGCGGAAUGCAGCACUCACCCUUCAGGCUUCUUUCAGAGGGCACAGGACUAGGAUGGAGGUUCUUCGACAGCACCAGGCAGCCACAGUCUUCCAGGCAGGUUUCAGGAGACACAGGGAGCAAGUCAAGUUUCAGGCCAUGAGGUUAUCCGCCAUCAUCAUCCAGAGGCGUUACAGGGCCUACGCUGUGGGCCAAGGUGUUCGACGAGAUUACAUUAAGCUGAGGGACUCUGCAGUGGCUAUCCAGGCAGCUUUUCGAGGUUCUCGCACCAGGCGAAGGGCUGCGGAAGAGCACCGAGCAGCCACAGUCAUCCAGGCUCACUUCAGGAGGCACAGACAGAGGUUGUCUUUCAGGAAACAGCGCUGGGCUGCCAUCGUACUUCAACAAAGUUACAGGGCUCUGCAGCUCAGAAAUGAGCAUGUGCAGAAUUACCAACAACUGAGAACUGCAGCCAUCUGCCUCCAAGCAGCAUUUAGAGGUAAGAAGGCGAGGGAGCAGGCAAAGCGGAUGAAGGCUGCCAGGACUAUCCAAUCCUUCCUUAAGAUGAGCGUGAAGAGACUCCAUUACAAGGAGAUGAAGGCAGCCUCCGUGACCAUCCAGGCCGCCUUCAGGGCUCACCGCGCUCAACGUCGGUACACAGAAGUGCGUGCCGCGGCCACAGUGAUCCAGAUUUGGUACCGGUCGUGCCAACGGGUCCAGAGGGAGCGAGCUGGCUUCAAGAUGGUCCGGCAGGCGGCGUUGACUCUACAGUCGGCCUUCCGCGGCAUGCAGGUUAGGAGGAAGGCGAAGCAGGAACACGCUGCCGUCAAGAUCCAAGCGGUGGUGAACAUGGCCACACAGCGCAGGAGGUUCCUGCAGAUGCGAGGCUGUGCCGUGAAGCUGCAAGCAGGCAUCCGAAUGUACUUGGCCAGGAGUAGCUACCUCAGGCGCUGCAGUGCAGCCCUCGUCCUGCAGAGGCGCUACAGAGCUCAGAAAGCCCAGCAGGAGCAGAGGCAUCGCUACCUGCAUACUGUCAGAAGUCUGACCAUCGUUCAGGCACACCUGCGUGGGGCUCUUGAACAGAGGAGGUUCCAGAAACUGAAGACGAGUGCCAUCACAAUCCAGGCUGCUUACCGGGGGACAGUUGUGAGACGCGACUUGGAAUGUCGGAAGGCUGCAGUUGCAGUUAUCCAGAGGCAUUACAGAGCUCAUGUCCACUUCCAGAGAGACAGGGUCUGCUUUCUGAAAAUGAAGAAAUCUGCUCUUUUAAUUCAGAGAGCGUUCCGACAACACCAGCUCAGAAAAUAUGCUCAACAGGAGCAGGCAGCAGUGAAGAUCCAGGCAUGGUUUAGAGGAGGCCUGGCCAGACGACAGUGUGUCGCCCGACGAGCUGCUGUUGCAACAAUACACAGAUGUCUUCAGGCCAGACUACAGCGCAUAAGAUACCUGGCAUUGCAGCAGAGCACUGGCCUCAUUCAGCAGAGAUGGAGAGACAAGCUGGCUGCAAGACAGCAACACCAAAACUAUUUGAACAUGAAGGCUUCAGCAGUUGCCAUCCAAGCCUUAUGGAGAGGCCACAGAGACAGACUGCGUAUUCACAAGGAGAGGAGAGCAGCCACAUUGAUCCAAGCCCACUUCAGAGGCCAUGCCCAGAAGCAGUACUUCGGGCGUCUCCGCGAGGCAGCCCUGAAGAUCCAGAGGCGCUUCCGAGCAGUGCGCCAAGAGCGAUUGGAGAAGGCGAAGAAGAAGCGUAGGAACACGGCCGCCACCACUCUGCAGGCAUACUGCCGUGGCUGGCUCACCAGGAGAUCGAUGAAGGAAGCAGAGAAUGCCCAAAGGAGGUCGCGAUUUUCCGCUGCAGUUUACCACCAUCUCUGUGCCGCUAAGAUUCAGCGGGCAUUCCGUGCCCACCAGGCUCUCAAAAUGGCCAAAAAACAGAUACAUUCCGUCAUCUACAUCCAGCGGUGGAUGAGAGCCAAGCUGCAGCGGAAGCGUUACCUAGAGGAGCGUCGGUGGGUGGUUGUGGCCCAGAGAGCGGCCAGGGCGUGGCUGGCCAGGCGCCACCGGGCGGCUGCCGUCAUCCAGCGGGCUGUCCGGGGCUUGCUGUUCCACCGCCGCCAGGAGAAGAUGCAGCGCGGCAUCAUCAAGGCUCAGGCUUUAUGGAGAGGUCAUUGCUCCAGAAAGCUGAAUGACACCCGCAAAAUUGUUGCCAUGCGACAUCGCUUCCGGAAAAUCAGCCAGUCGGUCAAAGAGGAGGACUGCCUGCGCAAUAAGACUAUCACUGCCAUUGGCUAUCUGCUGGGAUGCUACAACUUUGGAUACAUCAUUCUAGCCAUGAAGUAUUUGGACACGGCAACCAGGCUUUCGCCCGAGUGCUGUGAACAUCUGGUGAAGAGUGGAGCGACGGAGAAAAUAGUCAUCCUCAUCAGGAGCUGCAACAGAAGCCUCCCCUCCAUGGAGCUCAUCAGCUUGUCAGUUCAGGUGCUCCUCAACCUCUCCAAGUACAACAGGACAAUAGAGGCAGUGUUUGCAGUCGAACAUGCUGUGGACAUGCUCCUAGACCUCCUGCAGAUCUACCGGGAAAAGGCUGGGGACAAAAUGGCCGACAAGGGAGGGAGCAUCUUCACUAAGGCCUGUUUCCUGCUGAUCCUACUGGUGCAAGACCGCCACAGGGCAGCGGAGGUGAGAAAGAUCCCCAAGGCUCUGGAUCGCCUUCGCAGCAUCUACCAUCUCACGAUGCGUAAAUGCAAAAAAGACACUGAGAGAAUGACGGUCAGACAGAAAAUGACCGGGUCCCUCAAUGGGAGUCUUCUUGUCCAGGCCACCCCUCGCAAAUCAAAGAUGCCACCGAGGUUUGCCCCAGAGUGGGUUCUCAGAAGAGACAAGCUGGCAGACAUCAUCGAUCCCCUGUGUGCCAUCCAGAUGCUGGCAAAUGUUCUCUGUAUGCAGCCCUAAAAACAAAGUGUGUGUGUGUGUGUGUGUGUGUGUGUGUGUGUGUGUGUGUGUGUGUGUGUGUGUGUGUGUGUGU